AAGAAGAUCUACUUCCAAACGCCAUUUUACGGCGGACAGCAAGUAACGGUUCUCGCCUCAGUUGACCAUACCGUGAGGAGCCAAACCCCUCGGAACGGCGCUGCAGUCUGGGUAGAAGAUGUUAAAGCGAGUGAAUUUACAGUCUGUGUUCUAGAAUUUGCUAACGGUUCAAAUAAGUCCAUUGAGGUAAACUAUCUUGCGUUUGAAACGAAACCUAAUGGAUCUCAAACUGGCACCACAUUCUUAAACUCUUGGACAACUGGAACGGAAUGCAAGAGGAUCGAUUUCCAGCAGCGGUUUUCUACUCCUCCAACCAUAUUUGUAACUGCUAGUCACCAAGUUCCUAAGAGACCUCAAGAUGCCAUGGCCGUGUGGGUGGAGGAGUUGCGCGUGGACAAUUUCAAAAUUUGUCUCAGACAAGCAAAGAUUUUCGAUGGACUCCAUAAAGGCAUUAAGAUAAAUUGGAUGGCAUUUACAAAUCUGAGUGUUGACAAUUUUACCAUAACCGACAGUCUCGUGUUUGCCAAUACAAACUCACCAUCUGAUCAGGAUAACUACGCUUUCUGUCAAACAGUGAACUUUACAAAACCAUUUUAUGCUCGUCCUGUUGUGUUAGUGACGCCAAAACGCACUGACAACAACAACAAUGCUAAUCUUUCUGGGUCACGUUGUAACGCUGUCACCGCUUGGGUUGAGUAUACAUCUACAACUGAUGCACAGGUUUGUGUGAAGAAUUACAACAGCGACGCCAACAACAAAGAUGUUAUCACUGUCGACUACAUGAUCAUUGGAGACUUGGAUCCCUGCAUCGACGUGACAUGUCAUUAUCACUGUCUGUGUAAGUCGUUUGGACCAAAUGAUGCUCGCUGCGUUGCUGAGGACAGUUGUCCAUCCUACCAAGAACCCGUCUGCUCAUCAAAUGGCACAACAUACGACAAUGAGUGUUUGUUUCGACANGUAAACAACUUGGAUCCUUGUAUCGACGUGACAUGUCAUUAUCACUGUCUGUGUAAAUCGUUUGGACCAAAUGAUGCUCGCUGCGUUGCUGAGGACAGUUGUCCAUCCUACCAAGAACCCGUCUGCUCAUCAAAUGGCACAACAUACGACAAUGAGUGUUUGUUUCGACAGGAAAUGUGUCUUCUGCGAUUGAACUUUUCCGUUCAACACCCUGGUAGUUGUGAAGGAUUUCCUUUCCAGCGAGGUCGCCGUCACAUGCCACAUAUUCCUUCGCUGGGAUAUUCUCAUUGUGAAGUAAUUCGCCUCAAGGCUUUUGUCUUCUAUCCAGACAAACCACUUGAAGUUCAGAUCACUGUCAAUCAUAUUGACACCAGUGACAAGUCAUAUGUACAUGAUGCCGCUGUGUCGUGGAUUGAAAAAGUCAGUUAUGAUCGAUUCACCACGUGUGUGAUGGCGGCAGGGUACAAUGAACGGAGAUCUAAUGCUAACGUGACAGUCGAUUGGAUGGCGUACCAAGGGGCUCCAGUGGGUGGUGUUGCCGGGGAAGUACGAAUAUCACAAUGGUGGACUGGAACGACUUGUAAAGCUGUCAAUUUUCCAUCGGGGAAGUUUUCAGUGAUACCCUCAGUGUUUGUUACUGCUGCUCACCAUCACGCUGGAUUAAAGCGUGACGCUGCCAGUCUGUGGGUUGAAGACGUCACGCAAUUGUCAUUCAAAGUUUGUUUGAGAGAGCUGCAGAACUACGCAGGAUCGCAUGAAGACGUUCAUGUUAAAUGGUUGGCAUUUUCCUCUCUUCACAAGCCCCUUUUCACAGAGCAUAGUUCAGUCUACUUUGCUAACGCCCAGCAUCCUCCUGCAGAUUACAACAAUGCUUUCUGCNUUUCCUUUCCAGCGAGGUCGCCGUCACAUGCCACACAUUCCUUCACUGGGAUAUUCUCAUUGUGA